GAGCCUUAGUGGCUGUUUAAAGACUCCACUCUGUGAUCCUUGCGUCUCGGACCAAUCUCGCACAGUUUUUAAUCUUUCACUCGCACCCCAACCACCACCCCCCGACUCCCCCCACCAACCCGCUCUCGCUUUCAUAUUCAGUGUGGACAUAGCGACGGAGUUUCUUCAGCCCGGAUGUGUAGUAGGCGCGCGUUUUACUGAGCGCGCAGUUAUAAAGCGUCCGUUAUUUAUCCGAGUCUACCGUAAACCUCGGCUCUCCUUUUCAGGAAGGAGCUGCUCUGCGAACGUCACGCGCACGGCAGGCAGCAAUACAAUCAAAUCAAGGACUGAUCCCUUAUGAUUGCUCUGAAUCGAAUUUUCAUCUUUCAGUGAACUAUGAGAUUGCUUCAGCUCUCUGGAUUAAUUCCUAUGUAAUCGUUAUUUGUUUCCCCCCCUCUCGUCCAAUAUCCGUCUCCAAUUGUAGGCUAAGCUUGUUCUGUGGUCAUGGGGUGUAUAAUUUCAUUUUUGCCUAGGCUGGUGAGGGUCUUGACCGUUGUGUAAGAGCGGAUACCGCGUGGAUUUAUGGUCUUCACAGACAAAGAGCCAACGAAGGGAAACUAGUGGAAGUUUGAGACCAGGGAGAAUGCAAGCGACGUGUUGGUGUGCGGUGUUACUCCUGACGCCAGCGGUUUACAUGGUGACAAGUGCCCAUGCUUCCAAGUCAGACCUCAUCAAGUCUGGCAGCCCCAAGUCAACAUUAAAACACAUAUGGACAGAAAGCAGCAAGGACCUGUCAAUCAGCAGGUUGUUGUCACAGACUCUCCACGGCAAGGAGAACACGACAGCCUUGGACCUUCGCUAUGACACCCCGGAGCCGUACUCUGAGCAGGACCUCUGGGACUGGCUGAGGAACUCCACCGACAUCCAGGAUUCCAGACCUAGAGCCAAGAGGCGGCCUAUGGUCAAGACGGGCAAGUUCAAGAAGAUGUUCGGCUGGGGGGACUUCCACUCCAACAUCAAGACGGUCAAACUCAACCUCCUGAUCACCGGGAAGAUUGUGGACCACGGCAACGGAACCUUCAGCGUCUACUUCCGGCACAACUCCACGGGCCAGGGCAAUGUGUCCGUGAGUCUGGUUCCGCCUACAAAGAUUGUCGAGUUUGACGUGGCGGCCCAGCAGUCGGUGAUCGACGCCAAGGACUCCAAGUCCUUCAACUGCCGCAUCGAGUACGAGAAGGUGGAGAAGGGCGCCAGGAACACGCUGUGUAACUUUGACCCGUCCAAGACGUGUUACCAGGAGCAGACACAGAGCCAUGUCUCCUGGCUGUGCUCCAAGCCCUUUAAGGUCAUCUGUAUCUACAUCUCCUUCUACAGCACUGACUACAAGCUUGUGCAGAAAGUCUGUCCGGACUACAACUACCACAGUGACACUCCUUAUUUCCCCUCUGGAUGACCACUUCCGCAACGUGUGAAGGACCAGUGAGGCACAGAGGGAUGCUUAUUUUUCCCCACCCAGAGUAAUAUAUGUUAGCUGUACUGUUCUGAACAUAAAAAACGAAUGUGUUAAAUGAAACCUAUUUAUGAAAUAAUGAUUUUUGAGGACAAUACAAACUGGCAAAGAGUGAAGAUUUUAUCAUUAUUUUUGAUUAAUGGUUGUGAAAAACCAUCAUUAUGUUAAUAAUAAUAAUAUGUAUUAUUAUUAUUAAUAUUAUUAUUACACAAAAUAUGACUAAACAAAUAAUAUAGAUACUAAUAUUUUUUUUUUAUAGAAGUCUUCUACAUUUUUCCCAUUAAUUAUUUCAUAGAUGCAUAACGUGUAUAUAUUUGGGGUUGAUAAUUUCAUUUGUAAGUAAAAUCAUCAUUGUUUGUAAGUCUUAUUAGUUUGUGAAAACAAUUUUAUUUUAAUGCGUUUGUUCUUAAAUGUAGAUAGUCUCGAUUUUCUCUUUUCAGCAUUUAUUACUUUUUCCGUACUUACUACAUGAAAGUUCACCUCUGUGAGCCACCAAUUGGACAGCCCCGUGCAGGACCCCGUUUUGUUCACACGCAAUACUCUCCAGUCACAGCGGUUAUAUUCUGUCCUCUCAAAAAUAACAGUCCGCCGUCUUAUAAUUGAAAGCCUUCAAGAUCCUCACACAUAUCUAGAAACCAUGUUCCCCGCAGACGAGGGACGGAAAAGACGAGUGUCAGGGUGCAGUCUAACAACUCGGUGGAAAUGGAGCAUUUAGGGCCAGGGUCCUCACCAGCCUGGUGGACCUAUUCACCUUUGCGCAGGCUUCUCCCACAAGUCUUGUUUUAUAAAUACAUUUAAAAACAAUGUACAUGUUCAGGAAUGAUGCUGUUCAAUCCUCAGCUAUUUUUGGAGUGUCCCUGUAUAAGUCUUGGCUCUGAUUGUUAUUAGAAGAUCACAGCCUUAUUAGUUACUAUUCAGUUGUGAUUGACUGGGGGGGCUUUGCUCAUUGUCAUUGACUUAAUAAAAAAAAUGUAAUGUAAUGAAUUAUAUAUCUUAGAGAGCCUAAUUUGUAUGAAUGGUUUGUAUUGUACAUAGUUUAUCCUGAAUUGAACUGCUUAUGUAUUAUGCCCCCAUAAAUCUAUCACCCCCUUCCCACAAUCUUUCUCUCUCUCUCUCUCUCUCUCUCUCUCUCUCUCUUUGUCUCUUUCAUUCAUUAAUGCUCGUUCUUGGUUCCUCGAACAAAGACACUGAUGUUGCUGAUGGUGUAGAUGUGAAUCCAUUAAAACAGCAACCCUAUACAUAUGCUGUAGAACUAAUUGUAUUAUAAGUACUCAUCAACUGUAUGACUAAAAUGCUUAUUUCUUGGGGGAAGGUUGGAAUGGAAGUGUACAUAUUAAUAAAAACACUGUAAGUUUUAUCAGUUAAAUGUU